CUCUAACCUAUUACCUAGGUCUAGUAACUCUUCAUUCGGCCUAUCAUUACAUACUUCGCAACCUCAUAUUGUAAGGAAUUGACAAUGUACUGGGACUGAAGCAUCCUCCGCCCAGAAAGCUUCAAGACAAUCGACAGGCGAAAUACUCACGAUAUAGAUUCAUCGUCCAGAAUGUCCGGGCCUAAAAUUGCCUGCAUCGGCAUAAUUGGAAAAGCUGACAACCCUUUGCACAUCUCGCUUUUCCCUCCUUACUUGAACUCUAAAAUUGAAUUCUCAUUCUUGUUAAAUUCAUGUCUUGAUAUAUUUGAGAUACGGCAGAAGCAAACUUCAGUCGACCAAGACCUAGGCCUCUUGCAUGCCGUCGAUGAAAGACUAGCAGCGUAUGGCUGGCUAACAACUACUGGGGUGAAGCUGCUAGUCAUUCUUGAUUUAAUCGGACACCCGGCACCAAAUGGUAUCGAAAAGCAAAGAGGGUCUGUCCGGAGUGGUUCAAAAGACCCGGAUCUGAAACCGGUAUUCCGGGCCCUACAGGCGGCCUAUAUUCGACUCUUACAGAAUCCGUUCUAUUCUCCAGAUGAUCAUGUCCCUACAGUCAAAGCUUGCGCCACUGUCUCGAAUUCUCUGCACAUUAUAGACCAUAAAUUCAUUGCAGAUGUCAAGCAUAUUGGUGAAGCCUGGGCUCCAGAUGUGUCUGUACCCUGAUACGGUCCGGUAACUCAAGCCUGGUGGAAACUGAUUCUGUAGGUGUGUGUCAAAGUUACUGUGACUUUUCCUUGACUGCAGGUAUCAAAUAUCCUAUAAGUCCGAAUCUACCUAUGGCGGGGUUUGUAGGGUACAGUUAUAGACAUUAUAUACCGUGAAAUAGCUUAUGUCUUGAUUUUCCGAUUUUAUUUGACUGGACGAUAGCC